CCGCUGCUGUUGGAGAGAGGGGUGGUUGAAGAAAAGAAGACAAAACACAACAAAGUAAAACUGGCGCGGGCGCUACUUUUAGUAAUAACUUUUUCAUAAAUUCAUAGUUACAGACCACAGUGUCUUCUAACUAUUACAACGUGUGGUAUCAAUUUAGUUAAAUAACGUCGUUGGAAGAAUUUCACAAUGCCAAGUAGCACAUCUUUGUUGGAAACGGAGGAAACUGAGCCGGAGAUCCCGCCACUAGUUGUGCAUGCAUUCGCUGACAUAAGCCUCGAAAACCACUACAGACAGACGGAACAACCCGAGAGCCUCUUGCAUCCACGCCCGGUCUCUCAUUUCAAUGUGCUUGGUGCGGUGCUGGACCUGCAGCCUAUACAGCACCACCACCCGACAGAAGAGGACGAGGAAAGAGCCAACGAAGACGUGUUGGAGGAGGAUGGUUUCAACAACACGCUGCUUGUGCAGGCCCAAGUCUUGGGACUAGGCUCUGUUAUGCCACCUGGAAUGGAUACGCCCGAGACACUCUUGCUGUACAAUGAGCUUGAUCACGGCACACUACAACAGGCUACGGGAAUGAUGAUUUUGCCAUCAGUGUACGGAGAGCCUGGCUAUGAAGUUGAGACAUCGCUGCUCAUGCGGAGGAAGAGUGUGAACACAACAGAGUGUGUCUCGGUGCCCAGCUCAGAACAUGUUGCCGAGAUUGUCGGUAGACAGGGUUGCAAGAUCAAGGCAUUGAGAGCAAAGACCAACACCUACAUCAAGACCCCAGUGCGAGGGGAGCAGCCGGUGUUCGUGGUGACAGGACAGAAGGAGGAUGUGGUCAUGGCCAAGAGGGAGAUCCUCUCAGCAGCUGAGCACUUCUCCCUCAUCCGAGCCUCCCGGAACAAGGCAGGUCCGAUGGCUGCAGCAGGGCCAGGGCUGCCUGCUGCACCUUCCCUACCUGGCCAGACCACCAUCCAGGUGCGUGUACCCUACCGCGUGGUGGGACUGGUGGUCGGGCCGAAGGGGUCGACCAUCAAGCGCAUCCAACAGCAGACGCACACUUACAUUGUCACACCGAGCCGAGACAAAGAGCCCGUGUUUGAGGUGACGGGCAUGCCUGAGAAUGUGGACCGAGCGCGAGAGGAGAUGGAGGCCCAUAUCGCCAUGCGUACGGGCAACUGUGUGGAGAUUCCAGGAGACGAGAGCGACUUCCACUAUAACGGCACCGACGUCAGCUUCGAGGCGGGCGGCUGUGGGGCGUGGCUGCAGUCGAACGCGGCCGCACCUACCGGUGCCCAGCACAGUGGCGUGCGUAUGACCGCCAACUACCGCAACGACAGCUCCAGCUCUCUGGGCAGUGGCUCCACUGACUCCUACUACGGUGGAGGGGGGAACCGCAUGGCCGACUUCAGCCCCACCAGCCCCUUCAACUCCAAUCGUAACAACAACAAUGGUGGGGCCAGCUUCUGGUUUGAGGAGACUCUGCUCCCUUUUGCCUCUGAGGAGCUGGCAGCACUGGGCUCUCCUGGGUUUGACCCUCUGGCCAUCAGUACAGCUGCUCCUGCACCGCAGCCACAGGUGGUGUGGAGCCACUUGGAACAGGGCGUCCAGCUGUUGGGUGGCCGUCAGGCCCCUGUCCGAGACAGCCAGCCUGGCACGCCUCGCCUCUCCCCUGCCUUCCAAGAGGCCUUGGAACACCCCAUGGCCCAGCGGGUUCAGAGGGUCUCCCUCAGUGCCUCAGAGUCUCAAAAGUUCCCAGUCUACGGCCCCACCUUCUCAUCCUCCAGUGACAGCUCCAGCUCUCCGCCAGACUCGUGCCGAGGACGCCAGGGAUGCAUCCGCUGCCUGGAGAGUGAGAUCAUCGCAGCCCUGGUGCCCUGCGGACACAACCUCUUCUGCAUAGAAUGCGCCAACCGCAUCUGCCAGAGCCCCGAGGCCAUCUGCCCAGUGUGUCAGGCACCAGUCACCCAGGCCAUACGGCUGAGCCUGCCCUGAGCCCUGACAGGGUGGGUUGGGGGGGACAGAGUGGGUGGGGUGCGGGCCUUGUAUUGUCCUCCCGGUCAGGGAACCGAUUGGGUCAGACCUGCUAAGUAGCAUUGGGAUUCCCUAAAAUGAUUUUUAUUUUGACAUGUUAAAACUCUUCCUACCUUUUGUUAUUGUAUUUUUAUUUUAAAUCUAAUGUUCAACUGUCUUUGAAUCAAGGUUUAAGUUGGUUGUAACAUUUUAUUUCUCUCCUGGUUUUAAGCCUUUUAUUUUUCUGUUAUUGAUUUUAUAUGAGAAAAUACUUAUUGUCUGUUAUUAGCUGAGCUUACAGACAGGAAGUACCAAGAUGUGCUACUUCAGUACUGCUUUCCAUUGCAACUUAAAAACAUUAUCUGUUUACAGUAACUCGUGCCUAAUUCCAUUUAAGUAAUCUAAACAUACAACUGUUUUUGUGGGCACACAGUGUUACCAUAGAACUCUACAAAAGAAAAGCCUGUGGCCUUUUUAGAAAGCAUGUAUUUUAUUGAACACUAUUACUCAACCCAAACCUUUAUGCUUCAGGAGGUCAGACUGACAAAGGACAAGUCUUCGAUGCAUUCGGGGAGUGACCUGGUCUUCCGUUGGGGUGUGGUCAACUCAUGCUCAUAUGUAGGUGGUUGGGCUCCUGACAUUCCAGCCAUAUUAUCCAGUAUUUUUUGACCCACAUGUGGAGUCCGACAUGUGCGUGGCGCAAUCGCCCACAUUUAACUUAACUAGCCUACACCUACCCUAAUGCGUUAUUGGACUAACGGCCUCCUCUGACUCUGUGGUACCACCUCUUCAUGUGAGCUGCCUUCUCUCACGUUUGAGUUUUAUCAUGUGCCCAAGCACAGACCCCAUCUCUUCUCUCCCCUGCUGACAGAUGAGACCUAGUAUUCCCCCCGCUGUCAUCCUCUCACCCCUUUUCCCGUCCGCUAUAGGCUGCAUUACACAGGCAGACGGAUUCUGAUAUUUUGCCCAAUUAUUGACAAAGAUCUAAUCUGAUUUGGUCUAAAGACCAAUAAUUGGUCUGCCUGUGUAAAUGCAGCCAUAGAGGUAUGCAGCUCAGUGUUGAAUUCUAUCUAACUUCUGGGGAAUACAUUGGUCCUAAACCUCUCAAGACCAAUCUUUACAUUCUAUGUAUGGAAUAUUGUUAAUGACAGGUAAAUAUACAGAUAUUUAUUUUUAUUUCACUUGAAGUUACAUAUUAAAAUGUUUACAAAUACGUUUUUUUUUUUUCCUCUAGUAUGUGCAGAACUGGAAGGGUGAGUUGCGGUGUACUGCAGAUUGUCAGUGAUAUUUGCUUGUAGUAUAGUUCACCAGUAUUGAAAAACGAUUAGCUGCCAUCUUGUAGUGGAGGGAAAGUGCACAUACGCAUGUUUUCGUAAUGUACCGCAUUGUACACUGCAAUUGUAAAAGGCAAUGGAUCAAACAUGAGCUGCGUCUGUCUGUUUGCCACCAAAUUAAUGGAAUACAUGUAUCUUAUAUGCUGUACCAACAGUUAAAGAAAGUGCUAAUUUUACUACACUUUUAUGUAUAUGUAGGGAAGACUAAUGGCAUAUAAAUUAAACAAAUUGAGUAAAGUUUAAAGCAAACUAUAUUUUAUGAUAAAUGGCCCUUUUUAAGUUGUGGCCAAAGCACUGAUAUUAUAUAUUUGCUGUUAAGAGAAUUAAGAGUUUUAUUUUUCUGAUAUUAAAGUUCCUUAAUAAAGACGGUUUCAUUUAAAGCC